AUGGCUUUAAGAGACAGGACAUCUCAUGUCAUUAGACCAAGACAGUAUAUACAUGAGAGGAAAUUUAAACAUGUUGUCACUCGCUUUAAAAAGACAAUGGAUGAAGCAGAAGCUGAUCAAGCCCCACCCCCGCAGCCAGAAAUUGAUGGUGACAAUAUUUUACGUGAUGAAGACAAUUUCAUACUGAACGUUUCCCAGUUUUUUAACCAGGAGGCUCUGAGUGAUAUUUUGUUAAAAAUAGCAGACAAUACUUACUUUGCACAUAAAUUUGUGUUAGCGAAGUCGAGUGAAGUGUUCCGUACCAUGUUAUAUGAUCAGAGAUAUACUCAAGCCAGCUCCCCAGAAAUUGAACUCAAUGAAAGUAUUGAAUGCCAACAGUAUUUCGACAGAUUUUUGAAGUUUCUGUACACUGCAGAGAUUAACAUCAAUGUGGACUCUGCUGUAGGUAUUUUGUGUCUAGCAGACAAAUAUAAUGUAACUUCAUUAAAACUUUUAUGUACUAAAUACAUGGUGAAGAAUACCAGAUCACCUAAAGUCAAAAAUGCAUUAAAUUGGUAUUCAUGGGCUAAAGCAUUAAAUCUAGGAGACUUGAUUGAUCAAUGUUCUAAGACAAUAGCCUGGAAUACAGAUCUAAUUCUCAAAAUGCCUGAAUGGUUGGAUAUGGAUUUCGACUUUCUGAAAGACUUACUGUCAAAUUCUCAACUAGUAGUGCAAGAAGAAAAUUGUCUUUUUCUAGCUUUGACGAGUUGGUUGUUUUGCGAUCAACAUAAAACAAAUAUGGAGGAUCAUUCUAAACAGUUGCUUCCCUUGAUUAGAUACCCACAGAUGCAGGUUUCACAGUUGUAUGAAAUCGAAAAACUUGCUAAAGAGGAUGAAAAUUAUGCCACAUUUCGAGAGCUAUUGUUGGAGUUGAUAAGUAAAGCAUAUCGUUUUAGAUCACUAUGUCCUUCACAAGCAGAAUUAGAAGUUAGCUUCAAUCAGCCAUUUUAUUUACCAAGGAAUUACAUGUCUUUAACAGUGGAUAAUGUACGGAUGCAGAAUACUCUUAGAUUUGGUAUUCAAGUUGAUGUCAGAACCUAUGUUGGUCCUGUACCAUCAGAAAAUAAAGAAGGAGAAUGGAAGAUAACAUAUCGUAAAAAUCAAGAUUCAUGGACUCUACAGAUUUACGGACAUGAAUCUGCAAUGAUUAAUGGUGAAGCUGAAAUCCAAUCAAGUGUUGUUAUUUAUAAUGAAUAUGAUCAUGUGAUCCAGGUGGAUGCUGCCCCUACUCAGAUUUGUAGUCGGAAUAAUAAUCUUUCUAUGACUAUUAAUGUACCUAAAGCUGAAGAGGCUAAAACAAUGGCUGUACUUAUUAAGCCCAUGCCAAAGUAA